CAAAAAGUCAUAACAAAAAACAAAACCAUCGCAAAGGCGAAUGUUUUCGUGUUUUCGUGAAAAUUUGCGAAAAGUUACCAAAAAACGUUGUAAAUUUAGUUAUUUUACACGAAAAUAGUAAUCGUUAUUAGCAAAAAAAUGUUCACAAUAGUGGAUUUUUACGGGAAGCAAUCGAACUACAGCUGUGGUUACUGUAAGCAACCCACGUCCUGCCAGUCCCACGGAAUGUGGGCCCACACCAUGACUUGCCAGGACUACCAGGAUCUGAUUGACCGCGGUUGGCGUCGGUCCGGAUGCUACUGCUACAAGCCGGAAAUGAACACAACCUGCUGCCCGUCGUACACGAUCAAGUGCGACGCGAUGAACUUCCGGUUGAACAAAUCGCACAAGAAGAUCAUCAAGCGGGUCAAUAAGUUCCUCAAAGAUGGCAUCAAGGGGAAGGAUGAAGACACGGCGAAGGGGUCGGACGGAGGAAGUCACGGUACUGCCGACGACGGUGGCUGUGGCGGAGAUUUGGAAAUGGGAGACGUGGCUCGUAAUCCAAGAAAGGAACUAGAUCUGAACGAAGUAAGAGUGCUGAAAGCGAAAGAAGACGAAGGAAGCGAGCCUCCACAGGAUGUGGUUGAUGGAUUGUGUUUGGCAAAGGACCCCACCGUUGGAAGCAGUUCCAAUUUGUCCACCAGAUCAUCGACGGGUGGCGGAAGCGGACAGCCACCGAAGAAGGCGAAGCUGCUGCGGAUCGAACGGAAGCGCGAGAAACUGAUACAAAAGGGACUGAAUGCGGAGGAGAUUGAACAAAAGAUGAAGGAGGCCAAGGGAAAGAACGUCGAGAAAAGUCUGGAGGAUUUCCUCGACGAAGAACCGAAGGACGGUGAACAGGCAGCUCAUCGGUUAAAGCUCGUAACCGUCUGUACCAAAGCCAGUGAAUUCAAACGAACUCUCGAAGCCUCUUUUGCCGUGUACAAGAAGUACCAAGCCCAGGUGCACAACGAUCCACCCAAAAUGAUUGACGAAUAUCUGGACUUUCUGGUCAAGUCCCCGCUCCAGUUUACUACGGGUUCAAACUCGCCCAACUGUGGCUUCGGAUCGUUUCACCAGCAGUAUUGGUUGGAUGACCGCCUGAUCGCCGUAGCAGUGAUCGACGUUCUACCGAGUUGCGUCAGUUCGGUCUACUUUUUCUACGACCCCGAGUACAGAUUUCUGUCCCUGGGUACAUAUGCAUCCCUAAGAGAACUUGCCUUCACGCGUAAACUGCACCAGCACACGCCCAGUAUUGCCAACUACUAUAUGGGAUUCUACAUUCACUCGUGCCCCAAAAUGCGCUACAAGAGCAAUCUGUAUCCGUCGUAUCUGCUGUGUCCGGAGGUGUACAGCUGGCAUCCUUUGGAUGCCCGAGUGAGGCAAAAGUUAGACCAAAGCAAGUACUGUCGACUAAACGAGGAUCCCAAAGCCGUCGACGCGAAUGCGAUACAACCGGAAGACAUCGAGGAAGUGCUCAUUCUGCAUGGCAGUUCCUAUCGACGGUAUUCUCUGUACAUGAAUGUAUGUUUAUGCUUUCAGAAAAUGGUUGGCCUAAAGCACCCGGACGAAAACACGCGCACCUAUGCUAAACUGGUUGGGAAAGUUUGCUCAGCGCGGAUGCUCCUUUACGAAGGGUGAGGCGUCCCGAGUGAGUCUUGAGCCUCAACAUUAUCAAAAAUGCGUUGUUAGGAAUCAGAAUCUUCAAUUUUACCGCGCUGUAUUGCAUGUGCUACUAGCAAACAAUUCAUUCGAUACCGCUAUUUAUUAUUAUAAAUAUAAUUGUAUCGUUAUCCGA